CUACACUAAAAAGCUCCAGUCUCUGUAAGGCCUGCUACCUAGUAAUAGGUACCCAAUAACUAGGUACUAGGUACAAGUACAUAGUAGCUGAGCUCUGACGCGCAAACUCGCGGUGCCUAGCAAGAGCAACCCACCUGCAAGCACCACACCAGCACCCACACCAGCACCUUGCAACUGUUAACCGUAGCUCUCCACCACCAAACCACCAAACCAGCUUCGAGGUUUCAUAGCCUCGCCAUCUAAUCCACCACAACCAUAUUCCCCAACGCCCGACUUAAUAAUUUCGAAUAACCCUUCCACAAUCUGGUCUCCUAAUAUUAUUCUGCAAUUAUGGCUGACCGUUAUUCGUUUUCCUUGACCACUUUCUCCCCCAGUGGGAAACUAGUACAGAUCGAAUAUGCCUUGAACGCAGUUAACCAGGGUGUAACAGCCCUCGGUAUCAAAGCGACAAAUGGCAUCGUCCUAGCCACCGAGAAGAAGUCUUCCUCGCCCCUCGCCGACCCCUCCUCUCUGUCCAAGGUCAGCCUGAUCACUCCCAACAUCGGCAUGGUCUAUUCGGGUAUGGGUCCCGAUUACAGAGUCUUAGUGGACAGGGCACGAAAGGUCUCUCACACCGGCUACAAGAGAAUCUAUAACGAAUAUCCUCCCACCAGAAUAUUAGUCCAGGAUGUCGCUCGAGUGAUGCAGGAAGCUACCCAGUCCGGUGGUGUUCGACCGUACGGGGUUAGUCUGUUAAUUGCCGGAUGGGACGAGGGCAUCAUGCCCGAUGAGGAGGCAGCUGUCGAGGGCGAGGGCGAGGGCGAGAAGAAACCAUCAGGCAAAACGGGCGGGAUUUUGAAGGGCGGUCCUAUGCUUUAUCAGGUCGACCCAUCUGGAAGUUACUUCCCCUGGAAAGCGACCGCUAUUGGAAAGAGUGCCACGACGGCCAAGACGUUUUUGGAGAAGCGAUACACCGAAGGUCUAGAGCUAGAAGACGCCGUGCACAUUGCACUCCUAACCCUCAAAGAGACUAUCGAAGGCGAAAUGAAUGGAGAGACAGUCGAGAUUGGCAUCGUUGGCCCACCUGCUGAUCACCUACUCGGUGUUGAAGGUGUCGAGGGUGCGACUGGCCCGCGAUUCCGAAAAUUGACUCCACAAGAGAUCGAGGACUACUUGACGAAUCUGUAAGCAUCGUGGCUAUUAGAUUUUGUGGGGAGUUUGUGUGUA